AUGAUAAGAAGCAAUAGAAACUUAGGUGAUACCUAUCAUACUUCAGGAGAAUGGUCUACAAAUGGUCUACACAAAGCCAUUGACUAUUACAAAAAUGGACUACAAAGUAGCACUGCUAUUGGCGAUCGAUCAGGAAUAGCAAGAAACAAUGGUAAUUUGGGUAAUGCCUAUCAUAGUUUAGGAGAAUAUCAGAAGGCCAUUGAAUAUCACAAAAAAGUUCUAGAAAUAAGUACUGCUAUUGACGACCGGUCAGGAAUGGCAAUCAGCAAUGGCAAUUUGGGCAAAGCCUAUAAUAGUUUAGGAGAAUAUCAGAAGGCCAUUGACUAUCAGAAAAAAGAUCUAGAAAUAAGCACUGCUAUCGGCGAUCGAUCAGGAAUAGCAAGAAGCUAUGGCAAUUUGGGAAAUGCCUAUCAUAGUUUAGGAGAGUAUCAGAAGGCCAUUGACUAUCACAAAAAAGACCUAGAAAUAAGCACCGCUAUUGGCGAUCAAUCAGGAAUAGCAAAAAGCAAUGGCAAUUUAGGCAAUGCCUAUCAUAGUUCAGGAGAAUAUCAAAAGGCCAUUGACUAUCACAAAAAAGAUCUAGAAAUAAGCACUGCUAUUGGCAAUCGAUCACGAAUAGCAAGAAGCAAUGGCAAUUUGGGCAAUGCCUAUAAUAGUUCAGGAGAAUAUCAGAAGGCCAUUGACUAUCACAAAACAGGUCAAGAAAUAAGCACUGCUAUUGGCGAUCGGUCAGGAAUAGCAAGAAGCAACGUCAAUUUGGGCAAUGCCUAUAAUAGUUUAGGAAAAUAUCAGAAGGCCAUUGACUAUCACAAAAAAGGUCUAGAAAUAAGCACUGCUAUUGCCGAUCGGUCAGAUAUAGCAAGAAGCAAUGCCAAUUUGGGCAAUGCCUAUGAUAGUUUAGGAGAAUAUCAGAAGGCCAUUCACUAUCACAAACAAGAUCUAGAAAUGAGCACUGCUAUUGGCGAUCGAUCAGGAAUAACAAGAAGCAAUUGCAAUUUGGGCAUUGCCUAUCAUAGUUUAGGAGAACAUCAGAAGGCCAUUGAUUAUCACAAAAAAGAUCUAGAAAUAAGCACUGCUAUUGGCGAUCGAUCAGGAAUAGCAAGAAGCAAUGCCAAUUUGGGCAUUACCUAUGAUAGUUUAGGAGAAUACCAGAAGGCCAUUGACUAUCACAAAACAUAUCUAGAAAUAAGCACUGCUAUUGGCGAUCGGUCAGGAAUAGCAAGAAGCAAUGCCAAUUUGGGCAAUACCUAUGAUAGUUUAGGAGAAUAUCAGAAGGCCAUUGACUAUCACAAAAAAGGUUUAGAAAUAAGAAUUGCUAUUGGCGAUCGAUCAGGAAUAGCAAGAAGCAAUGCCAAUUUGGGUAAUACCUAUGAUACUUUAGGAGAAUAUCAGAAGGCCAUUGACUAUCACAAAAAGGAUCUGGAAAUAGGCACUGCUAUUGGCGAUCAAUCAGGAAUAGCAAGAAGCAAUUGCUCUUUGGGCGUUGCCUAUCAGAGUUUAGGAGAAAGUGAGAAGGCUAUUGACCAUCACAAGAAAGUUCUAGAAAUAAGCACAACUAUUGGCGAUAGAUCAGGAAUAGCAAGAAGCAAUGCCAAUUUAGGCAUUGCCUAUGAUAAUUUAGGAGAAUAUCAGAAGGCCAUUGACUAUCACAAAACAGAUCUAGAAAUCAGCUCUGCUAUUGGCAAUCGGUCAGGAAUAGCAAAAAGCAAUGCAAAUUUGGGCAUUUCCUUUUAUCAUUUAGGAGAAUAUCACAAAGCCAUUGACUAUCACAAAAAAGAUCUAGAAAUAAGCACUUUUAUUGGCGAUCCAUCAGGAAUAGCAAGAAGCAAUGCCAAUUUGGGCAAUGCCUAUGAUAGUUUAGGAGAAUAUCAGAAGGCUAUUGACUGUCACAAAAAAGAUCUAGAAAUAAGCACUGCCAUUGGCGAUCGAUCAGCAAUAACAAAAAGCAAUGGCAAUUUGGGCAAUGUCUAUUAUAGUUUAGGAGAAUAUCUGAAGGCUAUUGACUAUCACAAAAAAGAUCUUGAAAUAAGCACUGCUAUUGGCGAUCGAUUAGGAAUCGCAAGCAGCAAUGGCAACUUGGGCAUUGUCUAUCAUAGCUUAGGAGAAUAUCAGAAGGCCAUUGACUAUCACAAAAAAAAUCUAGAAAUAAGCACUGCUAUUGGCGAUCGAUCAGGAAUAGCAAGCAGCAAUUCCAAUUUGGGCAAUGUCUAUAAUAGUUUAGGAGAAUAUCAGAAGGCCAUUGACUAUCACAAAAAAGAUCUAGAAAUAAGCACUUCUAUUGGCGAUCGAUCAGGAAUAGCAAGCAGCAAUGGCAAUUUGGGAAUUGCCUGCAAAAGUUUAGGAGAAUAUCAGAAGGCCAUUGACUAUUACGAAAAAAAUCUAGAAAUAAGCACUGCUAUUGGCAAUCGAUCAGGAAUAGCAAGUAGCUAUGCCAAUUUAGGCAAUGCCUAUAAUAGUUUAGGAGAAUAUCAGAAGGCUAUUGACUUUCACAAAAAAGAUCUAGAAAUAAGCACUGCUAUUGGCGAUCGGCCAGGGAUAGCAAGAAGCAGUGGCAAUUUGGGCAAUGCCUAUAUUAGUUUAGAAGAAGAUCAGAAGGCCAUUGACUACCACAAAAAAAAUCUAGAAAUAAGCACUGCUAUUGGCAUGCGAUCAGGAAUAGCAAGCAGCAAUGCCAAUUUGGGCAUUGCCUAUCAUUGUUUAGGAAAAUAUCAGAAAGCCAUUGACUGUCACAAAAAAAAUCUAGAAAUAAGCACUGCUAUUGGCGAUCGAUCAGGAAUAGCAGCAAGCAAUGCCAAUUUGGGCAAUGCCUAUGAUGGUUUAGGAGAAUAUCAUAAGGCCAUUGACUAUCACAAAAAAGAUCUAGAAAUAAGCACUGCUAUUGGCAAUCGAUCAGGAAUAGGCAGAAGCAAUGCCAAUUUGGGAAAUGCCUAUUAUAGUUUAGGAAAGUAUCAGAAGGACAUUGAUUAUCACAAAAAAGAUGUGGAAAUAAGCACGGCUAUUGACGAUCGAUCUGGAAUACCAAUAGAAAGUUCCCGUCGAUGUUUUGGAGAGUAUGAAGUUGCAACAUCUCACCUAAUAAAAGCAAUUAGUUUUUUUGAUGAAAUGUUUUUAGAUUCAGUUCCAGAACAAAAUCAACUGGCAUUCGUGAAGCAAUAUUUUGAAUCUCAUACAAUUUUAAUGAGUUGUUUCCUUUCGUUGGAGCGCGUUGCGUCCGCAUUAUUAGUCAUUGACCUUGGUAGGUCUAAAGAGCUCCAUUGCUGUAUUGAGAAACGUAGGAAUUCGGUUGGUAAGGGCUUGUUCGAUUAUGCUCGCGCGAUAUGGAAUAGAAUUGAGGCCAGAGAAGAAGAAAUAGAAAUAGAAGGAUUGCACACACUUCUCCAACUACGAAAAAAUAACACCAUCAUUCUAGUAUUCGCUUUUGGCUUGCAAGGUGGUCUUAAUGCUUGGGUUGUAACCGACAAAGUUAUCUUCAGAAAAGUAUUAGACGCACGUCGGGAAACAUUUCUUCUGCUAAUUAUGGAACUUCUUGGAAGGGUAGAUGUUAAUAUUGAUCGAAAUUCUUCUUUUUACAUGCUCGAUUCAGUUGCUAGUACUAAAGAUCAAGUGAUGUCUCCUAUUGAGUUUCCAAGCGGACAGCCUGCUUCUAAAAACGCGGUUAACAAUCCUGCUAGCUAUAGUAAUUUCUCUGAUCGAAACAUUUUGGAGAUGUUGUUUAAACUUUUAGUUGAUCCUGUAGAAGAUAUUAUUAAAGGCAAUAAGCUCAUUAUUGUCCCUGACCCGCUGUUGUUUUUUUCACCAUUUUCGGCACUCGUUGAUGAAAAUGGCUCAUAUUUAUCGAGCCGUUACAGUGUUCAAAUUUCACCUUCAUUGCAUACUCUAAAGUGUAUGAUGGAACAAUCCUUUGACUCAAACUUUGGAUUUGCAUUGUUUGUUGGUAAUCCAACUGUUGGAAAAGUUAGUUUAAACGGAAAAGAUGUUGCACCGGCUGACCUGCCCAAUGCUGCUGAAGAAGUUAAAUGUCUCUCAAAGCUUUUCCAAGCAAGGCCUUUACUAGGACGCGUGGCAACAAAAAAGGUAGUAUUGCAGCUUUUAACUGGGGCUAGUAUAAUCCAUAUAGCUGCACAUGGAGAACCGACUCGAGGUGAAAUAAUGCUUGCUUCAAAUUCGUCUCUUACUGAGCCGCGCUUGUCUAUUCCUGAACCAGACUCAUACCUUCUCACUCAGCGAGAUAUUCUAAAUAGUUCCGUGAGAGCUCGCUUGGUAGUUUUAUGUUGUUGCCAUACUGGGCAAGGUGAUAUUACUUCAGAAGGUGUCAUAGGUAUAACUCGAGCGUUUCUUGCAGCUGGGGCACGCUGUGUUCUUGCCACACUGUGGCCUAUUAGCGAUUAUGCCACAAAGGAAUUCAUGGAGAAAUUUUAUGGUGAACUUUGCCAAGAAACACCAGUUUGUGAAGCUUUACGAAGAACAAUGAACUUUUUCCAGACACAUGAAAAAGAGGAAUACCGAUCCAGUUGGAUCUGGGCUCCGUUUACCAUCUAUGGGGAGGAUGUGAAGUUCGGAAAAGAUGAGAUUGAAAUAAUUAGGGGAAAAUCACAUGAGUUUUUUUCCGGUUUCGUCGUGGUUUGACUAUGAUCAUAAAAUUUGUGACUAGCGUUUUCUUUAACUAUUCUUGAAAUCUUUAGCAAGCAUCACCCGAAUCAUUUAAACGUCGUCGACCUUUAACUUAGUCUAACUCGUAAUCAUAGCAUGACUUUUACUUUAGGCUGAGCAUUCUGUUAUUGUAUGUUGCUAGUGCAACUUCGAAUGUUCAGAAUGGUUAAAUGUAGCUACAUAUAUCAAUUGUUAUUUCGAUAGUUAGUUUGUCUAGGAAACGGUUGGUUUGAUUGAGUUACGUUGGUAUUGAUCAAAUGUUUUAGCUUAUCUUGUGCUGACAAUGGACAGAAAACUAUUCUGUGAUAAAAAUAAUGUCAAAUUUUUACCGUCCUUGGUUGACAGGAAAGUAGUAGACAGGACCGUGCCAACCGGUUCCUGGUUGGUAGGGGGUGUUCCAAAAAUUGGGCCCCCUUCAAUUCCAGGCCCUCUCAAAAAUGUUUUUCGGAAAGCAAAUUUUUUUCGGGAAAAUGUUAGCGACGGCCGAGGCCAGGGCUCCCCUCCCCGCAAGUUGAGUCCCCUUUUUUACAUUUUUGGGGGGCUGUUACACCCCCGAGGUGGCACGGCCCUUGUAAUAGACUUAGACCUGUUAGUGGAAGAGAGGUUUCAUGACAUUAAAGUCGCCAAGUUGCUGUAGUUGGUACGUGCUUUUGAGAAAAAUGGCAGAGGAAUAUAUUUGAACUUGGAAGGUGUUGUGCAGAACGUGUUUGCGUUGGCAAGCGCAGAAUCUGACAUUGCGAUGGCGACUUCACCUAGUUGCUGUACUGUUCACGUUAGUAAAGUAGUAGACAAAAUAUAUUUUUGCGUUUGUGAUUUACAGUUGCUUGGCCGUUGUUGCAGCAUGAGCUCCACCUUUGAAUUUGUACUAUAUUACUAAAUUGUUAAAUAAACACGUCCGAAUUUAUCAAUACAAUAAAUUUGCGACA